GGAGAAAAACCAUUUGAACAUCCUUUCUAUGGGAAAAGUUUCAGUGAGAAUUCCAUCCUGGUGAAGCACCCAAGAACUCACACGGAAGAGAAAACCUUUGAAUGUCCUGAUUAUGGGAAAGUCACAAUUCCAGCCUGGUGAUACACCAGAAGACUCACAUAGGACAGAAAUGUUUUGAAUGUCCUGAUUGUUGGAAAACUUUCAGUUAUAAUUCCAACUUGGUGAUAGACUAGAGGAAUCAUAAAGGAGAAAAACCCGUUCAAUAUAUUGACUGUGGCAGAAGUUCCAGUUCGUAAUUCCCACCUGCCAAUACAUCAGAGGAUUCAUUCCAUGGAGAAAUCUUAUGAAUGUGGAGAUUGUGGGAAAGCUUUCAAUAGUAAUUCGCACCUCCUGAGACACAAGACCAUGCACACAGGAGAGAAACCCUUUGAAUGUCCUGAUUGUGGGAAAGGUUUUAGAGAUAAUCCCCACCUGGUGAGACACCAGAGGACUCACACAGGAGAGAAACCCUUUGAAUGUCCAGACUGUGGAAAAGGUUUUAGUCAGAAUUGCCACCUGGUGAAACACCAGAGGACUCACACAGGAGAAAAACACUUUGAAUGUCCUAUCUGUGGGAAAGGUUUUAGUGAAAAUUCCAGCCUGGUGAUACACCAGAGGACUCACACAGGAGAGACACCGUUUGAAUGUUCUGACUGUGGGAAAAGUUUUGCUCAGAGUUCCAGCCUGGUAAAACACCAGAGGACAUACAUGGGAGAGAAGCCCUUUGAAUGUCCUAUCUGUGGAAAACGUUUUAGUGAUAAUUCCAGCCUGGUGAUACACAAGAGGACUCACACAGGAGAGAAGCCCUUUGAAUGUCCUGAUUGUGGGAAAAGUUUCAGUAACAAUUCCAACCUGGUGAGACACCAGAAAUCUCACACUGUGGAGAAAUCUUUGGAAUGUCCAGUCUGUGGACAUUACUUCAAGCAUAAAUCAUCCCUUAUUGCACACAAGAACUUCUGCUCUGGCUGCUAGACCUUCGUGGGUGGAAGACUCUCCUUUUGGGGGCCACUGCCAUCAUCAUCAUGAGAAUCCUCUGCUGCCUCCACUGGUGUAUUUUCCCUUGUCCGAAUAGCCUGCAAAAAUCACCUCCCAUUUCAAUAGACGCCAAGUAAGGAUGCCAGGCAAAUAUCCCUCGUGAUGUGCCAGGUAUACAGAAAGUAUAGAGACCAUUCUAAUAGUUCGUAGGUUGGGCAAUAUAUGUAAAUAUAUAUAUAUAUAGCCCCAAAGGGGGGAAUUAUGGGAAGCCCCCUCCCCAGAGAAUGAAAUAUUUUGGGGGAUAUUAAAAGAGCUAGAAUAUUAUAUUUCUCCAAAGGAGAAAUGGAGAAAUACGUUCUUAGAGGCAGAAAGCAGCCCUCAGUCUUUCUUAAUAGUCUACAGCAGAUGCUCAUUAAGAAAUCCUGGGCCAGCGUCUUCACAAACAAAAUACCUUCACCUCCAGGUGACGGGAUUAAAGACAGGACAUGACCUUAACCUAUGCAUUGAAAAAAAGUGGAAGCAAUACGGGUCCAUUAAGGAAGGAAGGCUGGGACAAUAGAUCACAGGAUAAGAUCAAUUACACCAUGGGUGGGUUCUAAAUGUUUUUACUACCGGUUCUGUGAGUAUGGCUUAUUUUGUGGGCGUGGCUUGAUGGUCAUGUGACAGUGGGCAUGGCUUGAUGGUCAUGUGACUGGGUGGGCGUGGCUAACUCAUUGUCGCUCAUUUCAAGGGUGCAUCUGGCUCCUCCCCUCCCAGCCAUUUCUUCUCACACCCAGCCUCAACAUAUCUAUAGUUCUCUAAAAAUGUUGUUCACCUUUUUUCACCUUUUAUUUUUUUAUUUAUUUAUUUUGUCAUAACAGUAUAUAUAAGCAUAAACAUGAAAAUAACUAUAUAAUAUAUAAGCAUAUAAAUGAGCAUAAGUAUGUAAUAACUAUAUUAAUUGGAUAUAAUGAAAGGAAUAAAUAGGACAGAAACGGUAGGCACGUUUUGUGCUCUUAUGCACGCUCCUUACAGACCUCUUAGGAAUGGGGUGAGGUCAAUAGUAGAGAGUUUUUGGUUAAAGCUUUGGGGAUUUUGAGAAGAGACCACAGAGUCAGGUAGUGUGUUCCAAGUAUUAAUAACUCUGUUACAGAAGUCAUAUUUUCUGCAAUCAAGAUUGAAACGGUUAACAUUGAGUUUAAAUCUAUUUUUAUCUCUUGUAUUGUUACGAUUGAAGCUGAAGUAGUCUUCAACAGGAAGGACAUUGUUUGUCUGCGCCCCCCAAGCCAGGCCCCCUGCCAGAAAAUGACUCGGAAAGUGAGGGGGAAGGGCCAUCAGGACUUAUCUCUGGAGCACCGGCUUCCCUGGCUUAGCUCCAGGAGCCAGAGGCAGGCCAUGUGGAGGAGAUAACGAGUCCUCCGUCCCCUGACCCUUCCCCCCCAGGCUACGCCUCCAGACCCGGCUGAUGGCAAUCAGGCCUGGCUGGACCCUAGGUUUCGUAGGCAGGAGAGGUGGGAACAACAGAAGCAAGAGUGGGGCAGGCCUAGGAAGUGCUGAGUCAUGGAGCCACACCCCAUAGGAUAUAAAAGCAACAAGGGCUGCUAUACCACUUCAUGGCAAGCAAAUCAACUGCUUAGAGGGAGAAUAAGAGCUGAAGUCCUGUUUGUUCCUGGUUUCUUGGCUGACUCAUCGGCAUCAAGAAAGAUAACAGAGACACUUGACAGACGCUCGCUAGUUUGCUGCCAGAGCUGAUAGUUGCCGGCUAAUUAAGCCAUCGCUCGUGUCUCCCGGACUAAGGAGGGGGACAGAACAGACAUUGCAAUAGAUGAUUCUAUAAGUUAAGCACAGGUUCUGUCGAAGGCGGCGGAGUUCUAAGUUUUCUAAAUUCAAGAUUUCAAGUCUGGUGGCAUAAGGUAUUUUGUUGUAUUCAGAGGAGUGGAGAACUCGUCUUGUAAAAUAUUUCUGGACAUGUUCAAUUGUAUUGAUGUCUGAAAUGUGGUAUGGGUUCCAGACAGGCAAGCUGUAUUCAAGAAUUGGUCUAGCAAAUGUUUUAUAAGCUCUUGUUAGCAGUGUAGUGUUUCUGAAGAAGAAGCUUCGUAAGAUUAGGUUUACAACUCUUAAAGCCUUUUUUGCGAUGUAGUUGCAGUGGACUUUGGCACUUAGAUCAUUGGAUAUGAAAACUCUAAGGUCUUUAACAGAGUGGGGGUCAUCUGUAAGGUAAUGUCCAUCAAGUUGUACUUAGUGUUUGGGUUCUUUUUUCCCAUUUGUAAUACUGAGCAUUUGCUGGUUGAGAUUUGGAGUUGCCAAGUUUUAGACCAUUCAGAUACAAAGUCAAGGUCUUUUUGAAGGGUAGUAGUAUUGUUGGUGGUGUUAAAUAGUUUGUUGACGUCAUCAGCAAAAAGAACACAAUCAAUCACAAUCACAAAAAACAAUCACAAAAAACACAAACAAUCAAACACAAACACAAACAAAA